GCCUAAAUUAACGUCUAUUUACUUUUUGACCGCGUGUGAAUGGAGACCACAAUGACUGAUCUACAAGUGGACAAUGUUUUUGACAUGGAUCCCCAAACCCAACUACACGAAAUGCGUCUACAGGGGAUUUUUUGCGAUGCCUUCAUCAAGACUCCAGUUGACAACACCCGUUUACCAGUUCACAGAAACGUCAUGGCAAGCUGCAGUCAUUAUUUUAGAUCGCUGUUUACGUCUGGUUUGAAGGAAUCGGAGGAGAAUGAGAUCUCCAUUCACGGUGUAUCAGCGAAUACGAUGAACCAAAUCAUCCAGUACGCAUACAUCCGAAAGGCGAUCAUCACACCAGAUAAUGUGGAAGAUCUUUUGGCAGCCUCGGACAGAUUUCAUGUUUUCGGACUUUUGAAAGAAUGUACCAACUACCUUUAUGAUCAAAUCUCUCCGGAGAACUGCAUUGGAAUUUUCAAAUUUUCGCGAUUUUACAACUGUGAACAACUGUCACAGAACACCUGGAACUACAUCAUUCGUAAUUUCAAAGAGGUUGUUGAAAAGAGUCAAGAGUAUCUUCAGCUGCAUGUCGAUGACUUGAAAGAAAUUUUGGACGAUGACGAUCUUUCUGUGCGGAACGAAAGCGAAGUUUUUGCGGCGAUUCAGAGAUGGGUGGAUUAUGACACAAGGGACAGAAAAGAUCAUUACACAAAUCUUCUUAAAUCUGUUCGUUUUUGUUUCGUUAAUCUCGAUUUCUUCCAAACCAAAAUUCAGAGAAACAAAACGUUGUUGACUCUUAGAGACUGCAAAAAGCUCAUCAACAGGGUCGCAAACCUAAUGCGCAUAUUCUACGAGAGUCCGUUCAUCAUAGACGACAACAAUACGUUGUUGAGACCUCGGGUCCCCCCAGAGAUCAUCUUUACCGUGGGGGGUUGGUCCAGUAGCGGGGUGGUGGAAACCAUGGAAACGUAUGACAAGAACGUGGACCGCUGGUACGUCACCAAACCGAGCAUGCCCAGUUCCCGCGCCUAUCACGGCACGGUCUUCAUGGACGGUAGCAUCUUCAUCAUCGGCGGCUUUGACGGCAAUCAGUACCUGAACAGCGUCUACCGGUUCUUCCCCGACGACAAGACGUGGGAGGAGAGGGCGCCCAUGUACAACAUGAGGUGUUACGUCAGUGCCGUGGAACUAAACGGUUUGAUUUACGCAUGCGGGGGAUUUGACGGACGAAAUCGACAAGAUUCGGUGGAAAAAUACGACCCGCUGAAAAACCAAUGGACGCACGUACAGCCAAUGUGGAGGAAACGUAGCGACGCCGGGGCCACGUCACUAGACGGCAAGAUAUUCAUUGCCGGGGGUUUUGACGGUACUUCCUGUCUGGACUCCUCCGAGUACUACGAUCCAUUAACUGACCAAUGGACGAUGCUACCGGAGAUGACGUCACGGAGAAGUGGCGUUGUUCUGGUGGCGUUAAAUCGAGAACUGGUUGCCUUGGGUGGUUACAACGGCAGCGACCGGCUGGCGUCAGUGGAGCGGUACAGUAGCCUGACCCGUUGCUGGUAUCCCAUGUCUUCCAUGUUACAGGGACGAAGUAACUUUGCUGCUGUAAUACUGGACGGGAAGCUGGUGGUCAUUGGUGGAUACGAUGGUUCCACUACGUCCCCAAACACGGAGGAAUACGACCCCGUGAAGAAGGCCUGGCGGGGGUUAUUCCCCCUGAACUUUGGGAGGAGCGCGGUCAGUGCGUGUGUGGUGUCUAACAUCAAGAGUGGGCGGGAGUUCUCCUACCACAGCCUGGCUAACAGCAGUGAUAACUUCUGAUGAACUGAAUGAUGCAUGUCAUUUAUAUACAAAAUGUUCAUUCAGUAUAAAAGAAAUUAACAAAUUACUUAACUGUUUAAAUCUCUCCUUAUACUAUAUAAUGGCCCAUAAUAUCACCUCUUUACAUAAACAUUGAAAACUCCAAAUACCACAUUUUGUGUUCAUUUGUACAUGCCUUUUAUUUUGAUUUAUAUCAUUUGAUUUGGUAUAAACAGUCAUUGAUAUGUAACAGUUCAUUCAUUAUCAUUAUAUAGCAUCACAGUAUUGGCACUUGAUGGUUUAACAAAAUACAACCUAAAACAACACCGUCAAUCAAUAAGGAUUACAUUAACCAUCAGACAC